GCGUCGCGCCGGCAAGAUGGCGGCGGCAGCUGGCCGUUUGAGGGCUGUGGCCCGCCUUAGCCGUGUGCUCCUCUUCCUCUCACAGUUUUAUAUCUUGUCGGGCGGUGGAUCCUUAAAUUUAGAGCAUUCGCAGCCGCUGGCUCAGUCAAUAAGGGACCCGGGCCCAACACGUACUUUCACAGUAGUUCCCAGGGCAGCAGAAAGCCCCAACUUGCCCCCGUACUUGAUGAAGUGCCCCAGCAACGGUCCGUGCAGCCGCCUCCCCGCAGACUGUAUCGAGUGCAGGACAAACGCCUCCUGUGUCUACGGGAAGCCCGCUGCUUUUGACUGCACGGUCAAGCCACAGGUUACCUGCGUUGAUCAGGACUUCAGGUCCCAAAAGAACUUCGUCAUCAACAUGACCUGCAGGUUCUGCUGGCAGCUCCCCGAGACCGAGUACGAGUGCUCCAACUCCACCGCCUGCAUGACGGUGUCCUGUCCCCGGCAGCGCUACACUGCCAACUGCACGGUGCGGGACCACGUGCACUGCCUGGGUAACCGGACUUUCCCGAAAAUGCUGUACUGCAACUGGACUGGAGGUUACAAGUGGUCCACAGCCCUGGCGCUGAGCAUCACCCUCGGCGGGUUCGGAGCCGACCGCUUCUACCUGGGCCAGUGGAGAGAAGGCCUCGGCAAGCUCUUCAGCUUCGGGGGCCUGGGCAUAUGGACGCUGAUAGACGUGCUGCUGAUCGGCGUCGGCUACGUGGGCCCAGCAGACGGCUCCCUGUACAUUUAGCUGCGGUCAUGCGCUUCAGAGAGGAGCAGCGCCCCGAGGAAGUCCUUCUGCCUGCAGGGGUCAGUGUGUCAUGAGUGACGCGUUUGUGUGUUUUUAAUGUACAGCAUCUGUACUUUGCCUGCCUUGAUGAAGGUCAAAUUAAAAAAAAAAAAAGCAAAACAAAACACUGAACAAUGCUAAUCUGGAAUUUGGUUUUAUUUGCCUUAAAUGUAUUUUUUUUUUCUGUGAAAAAAUUUAAACUUACUUUAACUAGAGGCACAAACUCCGCAGUGUUUGGAAAUCUAUUUCAUUCCUCUGACUUUAGUUUUCUGUUGCUUAAGUCAAAGUGUCUCACUCCAUUCUCGGCCCAGAUGUGACCCGGCUCGAAAGCUGCUCAGCCGCGACUGCGGAAGGCUGCAGCUAAAUAAAGUCACCUCCCUGCACUCGCUGCUCUGUGAGUCCGGCAGUGUCAAGGACGUGGUCUGGUCUUUCUGUGUCACUUUCAAGUAAACUCUCAAACUUUCGUGUCUAGUUGCUGUGGUUUGAAUUUUAUUAGCAAUGUAAAAGGUUGUAAGAAUACUGAAAAGUGAAUAAAAUUAUAACUUGCUUUAAGAAA